AUGAGCGACGAGAAAGAAGCUAUUGUUGAAAGGAGAAUCAGGCCAUUGGAUAAAACAGUUGUGAACAGAAUAGCAGCUGGUGAAGUUAUCAUAGCCCCUUCAAAUGCCCUCAAGGAAAUACUAGAAAAUUCAAUAGAUGCAAAAAGCACUGCCAUCGAGAUUUCAAUAAAGGAUGGAGGGCUCAAAUUACUACAAAUAACAGAUGAUGGAUCCGGUAUAAAUAAGGAUGAUCUUCCUCUUUUAUGUGAGAGAUUUGCCACAUCAAAGCUUACGAAGUUUGAAGAUCUUCAAUCCAUCAGUACAUACGGCUUUCGUGGAGAAGCACUUGCCAGUAUUUCACAUAUAUCACAUCUCUCUGUGGUUACUAAGACUAGUAGCGAUGAGUGUGCAUGGAAAUGUUACUAUUUAGACGGAAAACUUGCCCCCCCACCAACCGGGGGAAGUAGUGAGCCAAGAGCCGUCGCCGGAAGAGAUGGAACAUCCAUUAUAGUAGAAGAUCUAUUUUAUAAUGUUCCAUCGAGAUUGCGCACAUUAAGGUCACAAAGUGAGGAAUAUGCGAGAAUUGUUGAAGUCACAAGUAGCUAUGCUAUUCACACUUUGAAUGUUGGAUUCAGCUGCAAGAAGCAAGGAACAAAUAAAAUGGAUCUUGUUAUUCGUAGCAGCAUGUCGCAAAAAGACAGAAUCAGAAGCAUUUAUGGUUCAGGCGUGGCGAACGAGUUAAUGCUGGUUGAUGUGAAUACAGACUUGGAUAUUGGAUUGAACAAGUGCCAUGGGUAUGUCACCAGUUGUAAUUACACUAAUAAGAAGAGUAUCAAACCCGUUUUUUUCAUCAACAAUCGAUUAGUUGUCUGUGAACCUUUAAAAAGAGCGAUAAAUCAAGUUUAUGUAACUUAUCUUCCUAAAGGACAUAAACCGUUCAUGUAUUUAUCGUUAGAGAUAGAUCCAAAAAAUGUUGAUGUUAAUGUUCAUCCUACAAAAAGGGAGGUCAGAUUUUUAAAUGAAGAGGAAAUUAUAGGCCGGAUAACAUCUGCUAUCGAAGAGAAACUUUCGAGUUUGGAUACGUCCAGAACAUUCUUAACGCAGCAAGUUAUUAGCACGUCUCAGCAGGUGAAGGAAAAGCAGACGCACAAAUUGGAGUUGCAGCAACCAGAGAUUGAGGUUAAAAAGCCUAAGUUGCGUUCCGUCUCCUCGAUAAAAGCUUUCAAAAGACCUUAUGAGAAAGACAUGGUUCGUACUGACUUCAAUCAAUCAACGCUAUCGUCGUUUGUAAGUAGUACAUAUGACUCUGAUAAGAGUAAUGUCGGCGAAUCAUCAUUUACGGUUGAACCUACAGGUAAUUCAGAGGAAGGCAAUGUGGAUUCGAUUUCACCAAGAGAAGAAAGAAAUGCAAAUAGUGACAAUGCUGAUGCUGAGCUUAGAAACGGGGAAAACAUUAAAACAAAUAAGGCUAACAUUGUACCACAAGAGGGGGAAGAAAUUUCACACAUCACACCUACAAUUGUUAAUCUAGAUAGCAUUAAAGCUUUGAGGAAGGAGGUGAAGGAAGAGGCAAAUGCCGAACUGACAGAAUUGUUUAGUAAGCACACAUACGUUGGAGUUGCUGAUUAUUCCAAAAGAUUGAUGUGUUUACAAUACGAUGUAAGGCUUUACUUGAUGGAUUAUGCGUCAGUUUGCAAUGAAUUUUUCUACCAGGUUGGACUUUCUGAUUUUAGCAACUUUGGGAGGAUACGAUUUACAAAUCCCGUUGACAUUAGAGAGCUACUUAAAACCGAGAUAUACGAUAAUGCUGAAUUGAUGGAGAAGUAUUAUCAAGACGCACCAAAGCUUGAUGAUUUAAUAAAUACCGUUUUUAUUGAAAUGUCUGAGAUGCUAAAUGAAUAUUUUUCAAUAGAAAUUGAUAAGACUAAUAAGGAAUACCCGAAAUUAAAAACAUUACCUAUGCUCAUGCAGAAUUACAUUCCCAGCUUCAACAAGCUCAGCUUAUUUCUUUUUAAGAUAGGUACCAAGGUAAAUUGGGAAAACGAGCAGGACUGUUUAGGAGGCGUUCUAAGGCAAUUGGCUUUAUUCUACAUUCCAGAACCUCUUGAUAAUGAUGAUCCAAACGAGAAAGAAGAUAGAGAGAAGACCAGUUACACACUAGAAAAUAUUAUAUUUCCAUCAAUUAAGAAACGAUUUAUAGCAACGGAAAAUUUGGUGAGGGAUGUAGUGGAAAUUGCAAACCUUCCAGGAUUAUACAAAGUUUUUGAGCGGUGCUAA